UAUCAAUCUUUCGCCUUUCCCUUCCAAGGUCUAUUUACCUUUGGCUUCCGCUUUCAAUGCGGUGUACGUACCUCAGCCUUACAUCCAUAACUUCAAACAUCGGCGACAUACCAAACCGUCCAAUUCCAUCCGAUCUCAUCUGCCGUAGUUCGCCGCAGGAAAUUAUUCAUUAUAAACAUUAUCAUCAUGGAUAGUACUGCUUCGGAGUCGACGCCCGUACCCCCGGUAAUAUUCCGAGGGAAGAAACGGAAGACAUAUAGACAACGAACAGAAUCCACCGCCACCGACGACCAUAAUGAACGAUCAAAGUCCAUCGAAACACCGCAAUUAGAAGAAGGAACACCGACCACACCAGACGCUCCCGCGAAGGCUGAAGCCACUACUACAUCAACAACGACUCAAAGCUCGAACGCGGAGGAAGAGGAAGAGGAAGAAGAAGAAAAGGGCCUCUCGGUAGCCGAAGUCCUACGUCUGCGCAACGCACGCAAAGCCCGACUAGGCGGCGUCAAGUUCGGCGCGGGCAGCAGCACCCACGCCUCCAACGGCGACACAGCGACUACUAACACUUUUGGCGACGGCCUGGACGACCUCAGCCUCAUGAUCCGGGAGGAAGAGAACAAGGCGCUGGACAUCGUCGCGGGCGUGAAGAAGCGGUUCGCGCCGCAGACGGGCAUGGCGGCGGAGCUCGUGAACAAGCACAUGGAGGAAUACAUAGAGGCCGAAUUAGCCAGGCGCCACAACGCAGCUGCAGCCGUAGCCGCUGCUGCGACAGCUGCGCAAAACUCGUCGUCGGCAACCUCGUCCUGGCAGUCGGUUAAUAACAAUAGUCGGGAGCAACAACAACAUCAACAACAGCAUCAGGCGGUAGCAGUGACCGGCAUACCGACAAUAGUCACCGCGCGCCCGCGCCCCGAGCAGCGCAACCGCGCCCUGCAGGGCCAGCUCCUGGAGAUCGACCUGGGCGAGGAGGCGCGCAGUCGCAACGAGGCGCUGACGGAGCGCGCGACGCGCAAGCUGCAGGGACAGCUUGUCGACGACGAGGAUGACGACGAGGACGACGAGCAAUUGCGCAAUGGUGACGGUAGCGCUCGGCCGAAGAAGAAAGUGCGGCUCGGUCGCGACGGCAAACCCUGGCGUCCGCGGAAUAGGCGCAAUAGCGAUGAUAUCAAGAGGGACCAGAUCGUGGAGGAGAUUCUUAGGGAGAGUAGACUCGACGUAUACGAAACCCCCACCCCUCCACCCCUCACCUCAGGCCCUGGCGCAAACGCCAACGUCAACGCCAAGGACGGCGACAACGACGACGGCCAAGCGGCCGACGACCGGAUCGCGGAGGAGUUCCGGCGGGAGUUCAUGGACGCGAUGGCGGAGCGGAGGAAGCGGCGCAAGAAGGCCUCGAACGCGCCCGCCGGACCUAGUGGUAGCGGCGGGAAAGGCGGCGCCGGCAAGGGCAAGGGAGGCGGCGCAGCCGACGACGAGGUGCUCAGGGGCCCGAAGCUCGGUGGCAGUCGGAAUGUCCGCGCUGCUAUGCGCAACUUGCUGCUGGAGAAGGCGAAGGAGGCGAAGGGGACGAAGGGAGCGACGGGGGUGAAGGGGAGGACUCGCUAAGGGGGUUUGU